UUUUGCAUUUACUGCCUAUCGAGAAACGGUUUUUGGUCAUUCGUGCUCAGGAGUAUGUGAGGAUAGAAACAGCGUUUUAACAGUGGAUAAAAAAAUGUUUGGUCUCGUAUUUUUGAGCCUCGUUGCAUUUUCCUCCGGGAAACAACAAAGCAACAGCACCGUCGCGAAGGUAUCAGACAACCCGUACAUACAAAUGUCCACCAACGAGUCCGGGUAUCCAUCUCAAGUUGAAUUUUUGCAAGAAAUCAAUCCAGAAUCGCAGCUCAUGAGUCGCAUCAUUUUUCCCGACGAAGACAUUUCGAGGGUUUCGGAUGCUGACGACGCCCGUAAUUUGUGCGAUAUUUUGAACAUCCAAACGGACGAUCCGACAAUUUUGGCGUGGCAAAAUACGGUGAUGACUUAUUUGGGGCUCGAGGGAGAAUCGUGUCCGAUUGAGAAGCCAGUGAAAAAAACUACGAAAAAUUUUCUUUUCCAAUCUUCUCGUUAACUUUUUUUCGAUGACACUGCGGCGAUUCUUUCCCCAGGGAAUUCGACUGAUCGACCCCGCCAUUUUCCCGGAAUUACCGGGAGACGAUGGCUCGGAUUUUGGAAACACUUUUUUCACUAUAAGAAUCGAGCACGUCGAUCAGGCUCCGGACAGCGAUCCAAUACUAGAGUUUCAAGCUUAUUCAAACAUUCGCAAUGCAUCGAGUCCCCCGAGCCAAACGGACAUCGACAACGCGAGUUCGGUCGUAUCUUUAUCUUUGCUUUUACCGGGUUUGGUUAUCGGACUAUUUGUCACGAAAUUUCUCAAAUAAGUACGUAGAUUAGUUAUGGAGCGAAAGCACGUUGGGACAGCGAUCCUGCACGAACGUUUUUGGCAUUCGUACGCGUUGGUGAAACGUUUUUGGGUUGGGAGUUAUGACGACGGGAACGAGUUAUUUCGCUGUAGUAAUAAAAGUUGAUUAAAGCGUAACGACAUGGAAUUUUGUAAAUAACAACAAUAAAUUAUCGCUAAUUGGGCGAUAUGAAAUUCUGUUGAGCCGCUAGUUGAAAGUUGCCAACACGAAUUUCGGCGAAAAAAAAAUAGAUAAACCGCAUGUUUCAAUAAAAUCCAAUGAAUUUCGAUUAAAA